UUAGCAAAUUUGGUCUCUAAAUUUGAAUUCUACAAACUGGUUCAUGUACUGGGGUAACCCAAAGGUUUAAACUGAAGAUGAUGAUGACUGAUGAAGAAAAGAGAUGGCUUGUGGUUGGAAUUACUAUGAACAAAGAGGCUGCUCCAGUCUUACGAGAUUUCAUCAAACAAGAAAUGAACACCCAUUACACAAACCUGGACGCCUACUGCAGCGGCCUGACUCCAGGUUGUACGUUAAAAACUCUGACUCGCCAUCAGGUCACUGCUGAUCGCACCCUUAAAAGACUGAAGUUUCAGAAUAUUAACAACAAUCUUCAUUUGCAUGGAAAAUCCACCAGUCGGUACAAUUACAGCAUUAAUGAUCCAGUCGAGCUUGCCAAGCUUUAUCUGCCAGAUUAUCUCGCGCAGUUUUCGGCCUUCGAUGAGUCACUGGACAUAAGUGCCAUACUUCGCUUGUUAGGGUUUACAAAUCCUGCUCCCAUCUUCCCCUCUCCAUAUCCAUCAAUUCCCAUUCAGUCCUCAGCUGAUGAUGUCAGGGAAAAUGUCCGGAACAAAUGGGGCCACUGCAAUCUCAGUGACUGGACGGAAGCUUUUUUUAAGGAUUGUUUCCUCAAGCUGAAGACAUUGGUGAAUAGUCUGGGACUCCCUGUCGGAAAGGAGACGACCAUUUUAGAUCGGCUUUCAGAUUGGCAGACCAAAGGUUGCCAGCUGUGUAUGGGUCAUGCUGUAGAUCAACAGCUUCUUUCUCUGGUUCAGCAAAACGUUAAAGAUCUUAUGGCAAACUACGUGAAAACUCAGGCAGAGCUAUCAACCUUACAAGAUGAAGUUGCCCUUCUCCGAGAUGAACACGCUACAGCGCAAAAUCAGUGGCAAAAACAUGAGGAACAGAUAGGAGGAAUGAAAGAAUGGAUAGAAGAGACCAAGGGAAUACUAGAGAAACUUCAGACUGCCGAGAAAUAUUUUCAGGUGGAAAUUCGUAUGCGCUUACAACAAGUAGAAUCACGGCUUGCUGAGUCAGCUGAAAAAGUACAAGAAUUGAAGAGUGGUUUUUGUGAGACAAAUGUCAGAGUAGUACAACUGCAGGAAGGUCUGGCCGAGACAGACGUCAAAGUGGAAAAAGUACAGGAAGGUCUCACUAAGACAGAUUUAAAAAUGGAACAACUGCAGGGAGGUCUGGCCGAGACAGAUUUGAAAAUGGAGCAAUUGCAGGGAGGUCUGGCCCAGAAAGAUGUCAAAAUGGAACAACUGAAGAAAGAACUGGGCGAGACAGACGUCAAAGUGGAACGACUGGAGGAAGACAUGAGCGAGACGGAUGUCAAAAUGGAGAAAGUGAAAAUUGAGGUUACCGAGAUGGGCGACAAAGUCAAAGAACUGGAACUGGUUUUGAAAGAUCAAAGAAUGAAGCCAAAUGUCGUGGAAUCUCCUUCUGUGGAACGUUUCGAUGUGAAUACCUGUCGCAGUAAACUUGCAGAACAUUACAAAAGAACCGCCACGGUGCCUACCUCUGUCUGGUCUAAGAAAUCUCCCGUGGACAUGAAGCAGAUUUACACUCGACUGACCUGGGUGAAAAGGGAACAAACUCCAGAAGGAUCAUCAAAGCCUGAAUUGAAUCACUAUACUGAUGUAUUCAAUGAAAACGAGGACGGGUAUGCACCGAAUAGGAUACUCGUGCAAGGGGAGACUGGUAUAGGAAAGACAACUUUUGUGAAGAAAAUGGGUUUGGACUGGGCUGAACUUGUGGACGAAAGAACGAUUGGCAAACACCAGGAUUCAGGAACCAGGUAUGGUGCUGAGAGUGUGAGUCAAGGUUGUGAAGAAUCCUCAAUGAAUAGAAUGAAGAGGGAAGAGUCGGUCAAGGUGAGCAAAGAUGAGGUAAAUCCAUUGAAGAGAUUUGAGCUCGUGCUCGCUAUUAAUCUGAAAGAGGUGUCCAAAUACUCAAGUUUUCGAGAUGUUGUUUGUCGCAGUAAUAUUUUUCCAGAGGAAGACACAGCCAUGGCAGAACAGCUUAUUAGUUACAUCACCCAUAAUCAAGAGAAAGUUUUGCUGGUGUUCGAUGGCUACGACGAAUAUCGCUGCGGAACCACCUCUGAUAUCUACGAAAUUUUCAUGGGCAAUAAACUGAGAAACUGUUGUGUGUUAAUCACAACUCGAAUUUCCAAUGCUGACGAUCUACUAGGUCAGUUCAAAGCCGUUCACGCUGAAAUCACCGGGUUCAGUGAAGAAGACAGAGAGGCCUUUAUGUGCAAAAUGCUCGGGAGCAAAACAGAAGCUGUCCAGCUAGAGUGGCAUCUGUACGAAGAGGGGCUGUUCGAGUUAGCCCGGGUUCCGUUACUUCUUCUCUUUUUUUGCACGUUGUGGAAAAAAGGAAAGGUGAACAGCUUUCCAGAAACCAAAACGAAGUUGUAUAAAGCGAUCGUACAGUACGUUUUGGAUCAUAGUCAAGGAAAGAGUUCCCCUGCUCACUUCCACGAGAUAGGCAAGUAUGAGGAUAUUUUGGUUGAAAUCGGAAAGGUGGCUCUAGAAUGUCUUUUAAAGGAUGAUCACGUGUUCGAGUUUGAUCAACUGUCUGCUUCGAUUAGUUGUGAAGAAAGCCGUUUCAUAGGUUUACUUCAAGUCACCGAAUUCUCGGAAAAUCUUCGACCAGCAGGAAUGGUAUCGUUUAUUCACAAGAGCAUACAAGAGUUCCUAGCAGCGUGGUAUAUUACCUACAGAUGUAUCCCUGAAGGAGAUCUUGGUGAUUUAAAAGAAUGCACUCGUUCCAUUGAAGAUUGUCGAGUAUUUGAGAACGUUUUCCAAUUUAUUUGCGGUUUGUCUGACGAUGGAGCUCAUAAAGUUUUUGAGCACAUGGCAACUGUUAGAAUCUCUAAUUCUAAACUGGAUUUAUUGAAAGCACUCUCAGCCAUCGAACGUGAACUAGACUGGAAUUCUUACCACGGUACCAACUUCAUGUAUGAGACCUUCAUGCGGUUACUUUACAAAUCGUUUCAUGAAGUUCAGUCCAAAUCUAAGCUGUUAAAUCAUUGGUUUGAAUGCGCUGGAGGAACUGUCUUGGUCACUGAGCAGCUAGUUAAACUUCUUAAAGAGACAAAGGUCAACAAUUUCACUGACUUUUCAGAUGUUUCGUUUUUAAUGGUUCGUAGUAAAGAAGAAAUUCUGCUCGAGGUGGCACAGUGUCUGGACUGCCUAGACAUAACCCUUAGAAAUUCUGAGACGGAGUUCACACUUAGAGAUUUUUUGGUCAAUUUGAAGACGCAUCGGAAAUGUUAUUUCUGCAGGUACACUUUCGUUCUAUUAUCUCGCAAUCGUCAGUUUCAGUUCUACGUUAGAAGUCUAAGACUGUGUUGUGAUUUAACUGGCAGAUUAUUUACAGGAACGGCUGUGCCGUCAGUUCAAUCUUCCUCCGAAAAGUGGUGGUCAGAACUGAGAUAUUUACAUUGUGGUGGUAUGGUGAACAACUCAACUUUGAAAGCGCUAAGUCGGGUUAUCAGUAAUUGUGAAUGCUUAGAAAGCCUUAUCAUUGAAAGGGCUGAUGGUUCUAUCUGUGAUAUUUUGAAAUCAGUACCAAAUCCGAGUAGGUGCGCGUUGCAGAUUGGUUCUGUACGUGAUAGUCAGUGUCACCUGACUGCAGAGAAAGAAGCAGAGAAACUUGCUGCUCUACUUCCAAAAUUCACUAGGGUCUUUCGCCUGAAUCUGGCCCUUACGUCGUGCUUUGCUGCAGAAGUAGAGAAACUUGUUGUUAGUGUCAAUCAUGUGACUCUGAAGGGUCUUUUACUGAAUGAAAUCAGCUUAACACCAUCAUCCGCUUCAGUUCUCGGGCAGUCACUCCCUGAAAUGUCGUGCUUAGAGAAGCUCAUUUUAGUUGGUGGAAGUAACGGAGAUGUUUUGCCAGUGAAGGCGCUGUUCGGCGGAUUUCACAAAACGCUACCUUUAAGUGAGCUUUGGUUUAUGGAUUUUAACAUCGGAGGCUGUAUUGCUCCCUUAAGCAAUAAUUUACGCUUCUUUCCCCUAUUGCGAUGCUUAGACCUCCAUUUUAUCACCUGGAAUGAGCAUAACUUGCUUCAUUUGUUCAGGAAUCUUGAAUUUAUUCCGCGUUUGGAGACUCUUUCUUUAACUGGAACACUACAGAAUGACUCAGAGGAAGAAGUCAGAGGAUGCUCAGAGGAAGAAGUCAUGCAGACCAGCUUCACCCACCAAACUCUCAACAGGCUGUGCCUAUCAAAUGUAAGCCUGACGUUAGCAGUGGCCGAGUUGCUGGGCCAGUUGAUUCCUGAGAUGUCGGCGCUAAAAGAAUUGCGAAUUUAUGAGAGAGAUGAUAGAAUUUUUGAGGGAGAUGAUAGAAUUUUGCAAGACGGGGAAGUUGAGGUGCUGUUUGGUGGAUUUAAAAAGCGUUUGCCCUUGCAGCAGUUGGCGUUUCAUAAAUUCAGCAUGAAAGGCCGUCUUGAUCACCUCAUAAACAGCUUGCAGUUGUUUCCAGAAUUACAAUGGGCAUAUGUUAACAUUGACAUUAAUUUCAUUAUUAAUGACGCCAAUUUUCUUGUGUUUCUGGAGCGCUUAAGAAAUAUUCCUAGUUUGCCCACAACAAGCAUACAUUGCAAAUCAGUGGCUCGCGCAGAUUGUAAAGGAGAAGGGAACUCGGGUCGGUUGCAAGUGUAUUCUGGUCGUCUAUUUCUGCUUGAUGUAAGCUUCACUCCAACAGUGGCCAGGGCACUCGGCAGGCUGAUUUCUGAAAUGUCGUCUUUGGAAGAAUUUACGUUUUCUCAUUCUAACCGUAGUAACGGUGAGAAUGAUGAAAACACUUUGGAAGGUGAGGAAAUAGAGGUGAUUUUUGGCCAAUUUCGAGAAUUACUUUCUCUGCAGCGGCUUAUUUUGUCUGGCAUAAGUCUAACUUCAAAAGCAGCCGAAGCAUUGGGUCAGUGUCUUCCUAGAAUGUCUUCCCUAACAACAUUGGAGCUUAUCGGUGUGGAUGGAAGUGUGUUGCAAGCUGAACAAAUGGAUGCUCUGUUUGGAGGUUUCAGCGAGGAAUUGCCUUUGUGCCGGCUUAUUGUCCAGCGUUUCAGCAUGAGAGGCUGUCUUGCCCCACUUAGCGACUGUUUGCGCUUCUUUCCUAAGCUAGAGUAUUUGGAUAUAGGCGAGGUGAGCCUGAAUGAACAUAACUUUUUUCAUUUGCUGUCGGGCGUAAGAUGCAUUCCCAAUUUGAUGUCAUUGGCUGUGAAGGGCCAGCGACAGAUUCCGUUCCAUGCCGACUGUUCUGAGAGGGUGGAAACAGAGGUUAGCUGCACACUGGCGGCUCUCCAAAUACUGUCCUUGAGUGGAAUAACCCUGAACCCCGCGGUUGUUAGGGCGCUUGGUCGGCUGCUCCCUCAAAUGUCGUUAGACAGUCUCUUUGUAAAGGAAGGGAUUGUUUUGCAAACUGGAGAGACGGAGGCUUUGCCAAGUGGAUUCAACAAGUGUUUGGCAUCGCACAGAUCUACUUCAGAUGAUUUUAGCGAAAGAAGUGUUCUUGCCCCACUCACCGACAGUUUUCGUUUCUUCCCCAAAAUGACAAUGAUGGAGCUGGACAUUGAUUUAAACAAUAGCGAAAUGUGUGGUUUUCUAGCGAGCGAUUUAUUCCUUUCAAAAUAUUUUCCUCGCCUAAACAUACUCGUCGUUGAAUGUAGACCACUGGCUCGUGAAGGUUGCGAGGGAGAGGAAAACACAAUGGGCCAUUUGACAUUGUCUCGUUUUAAGACCCUGGAGCUGCGGAAUAUAAGCCUAACUCCGACAGUAAUCUCGGCGCUCGGUCGGGCACUUUCUACAAUGUCAUCCCUGGAACAACUCUGCUUAUUUAGUUCAGGUGAGAUAAUUAUGCAGGAUAAAGAAGUUGAAGCUCUCUUUGGUGGUCUCGACAAAACAGUUAAUUUGCAACAGUUGUCUUUCAGUGGUUUCAGAGUGGGAAGCUGCCUUACUCGACUUGUUAAACGUUUUGGAGAGUUUCCAAAUCUGUUGAAAGUAAAUUUAAAAAUUUCCUCCGAAAAUCAGAAUGAGCAGAAUGUUUGUGGUUUGCUGAGAUGCCUAAGAUUUCUUCCAGCUUUUCACAGCUUGAGUGUACAGUGUGAGGCGCUGGUCACUGCGAACAUAGUGUGUCUUGAAACAGCUCCGAAUUUGCCUCAUGAAGUAAUUUUCAGCGGAGUUACCUUGUCUCGAGCAGUUGCUGUGGCACUCGGUCAGUCACUUGCCGAGAUGUCGGCUUUGAGAAAACUCAAGUUAACUGGGAGUGAUGGAAGCAUCUUGAAUGUCGAGGAAAUGGAGGCGCUGUUUGGCGGAAUUAACACAGAAAUGCUGUUGCAAACGCUCUAUUUUAGUGGUUUUUGUGUUAGAGGUGUUCUUGCCCCAUUAACAAAGAGCUUUCAGUUUUUCCCUAACUUGCAACGUUUAAUGCUCACUGCAUUACACUUGGAUGAGCAAGAUUUACAAGGUCUGCUGGAGAACCUUAAAUUCAUUCCUGAGUUGUUCAAACUGGACCUGUCAGACAAUCCACUGGGUCGCGCGGUAAACUCUCUGGUGCCACACCUCGUCAAAAGGUCACGACUGUACGACGUUAACCUAUUUCAAACCGCUUCUGAGCAAGAACUGAAUUCCAUUCAAGAGCAAGUCAAACAAGCACGACCUUACGUUUACAUUCGUGUUUCCCGAGAAACAGUCGGGAGUGCUGUUACAGGGCGUGAAAUUGCGCCUAAACAGGCGCCAAUGCGACUAAAUUUUUCACUUUGGUGACUAAAUCCUGAAAAUUAGUCGCCAAAUUGGCGACUAGAAUUUUUCAUUAUAACCUUAGCUAGAAAUAUAGUGAAUUAAAAAGAUUUGCAAAGACAAAUCCGCGGCAAACUUCCUCGUUAAGUUUGUUUCCAAAACGCAGCACAUGCAUCUCGAUCGAUAACUAGACGCCAUCUUGGCUUUAGGUGAGCUUGAAUGCUGUAUAUCAUCCAUCGUAGUGUCCACUUUGAAGCACGUUAAAGAUCUUUUCCGUAACUUAAUUUCUAGAACGAUGACAGCGUAAAAAAAAAAGAUUUUGUUUGUCUUUCAAAAUGGCGACCAACUUUUUUUAAUUGGCCACCACUUUGAGGAAUUUAGGAGCCAAGUGGCUAUCAGAAAAAGAAAAUUAAUUUCACGCCCUGUGCUAACGUCUGAUAUGCAUGAACAGUCCAGGUGGCUCUCAGUGCGAAAAGAUCGGUCUGUGUUGCGAUAUCUUUUCUUGCCUGAAUGUCAGCUGUGUUUUCCUGCCUACCAAGAACCCUGAGGAUUGAAAGGACAGAGCAGCGUAGCCUUAUGAAUACUGUAUAAUUAUCUUUAUUAAUUGUAGCGUUUUCUUUUUUCCGCAAUACCAUUCGCCACUCUUUAGGUGCUGAUUUAAAGCCUGUAGGAAGAUUUAAGGGAAAAGUCAUGAAAACAAGUUUUCGACUUAUCUGGAUUUUGUCGAAAGGAUUUAGCGUGGUUUGUUGUUUUUUUCUUUGUUUUCAGUUUUAGGUUAAGGAUCUUUUAUCAACUAUUUCUUACUUAAAUUGGGAAGAAUUAUAAUUUUUUUUAAAUUUUUAAUUUUUCUCACAAGUAUUUAUAUCCUAUAAUUGCAAAUGAAACUGUGAAUCGACAAAGUUGCUGACGAGGAUUUUUGGGACGCCUGAGUUCAAGCUUGUUGUAACCAGUUCUCCAUUUGCAAGUUUUGUUGUGGUCUUCUUAUACUGUAGCUCUAGUCUUUGAUAACGGUGCGCCAGAAGGGAAAGUAAUGUGGUUAUUUUAACUGUAAAUAAA